CGGCGGCGCCGCCUCCCUCUCCCUGCCGCCUUGCCCUCCGUCGGCUGCCGCCGCUGCCGCCGCUGCUGCUGCUGCUUUCCCGGCUGCUCCUCGUCGGUCGUCGGCCAUGGCCCUCCGCUACCUCGGCUCCCCCGGGGCCCUGGGCCGCCUCCCCGCCGCCUUCGCCGCCUCCUCCUCCUCCUCCUCCUCGGGGCUCUCUCCUCCGCGGAGACACUAUGCCGACCGCAGGAUCAAGGUGGCCAACCCGGUGGUGGAGAUGGAUGGCGACGAGAUGACCCGCAUCAUCUGGGCCUUCAUCAAGGAGAAGCUCAUUCUGCCCAACGCAGAUGUCCAGCUGAAGUACUUUGACUUGGGGCUGCCCCACCGGGACCAGACAGAUGACCAGGUCACCAUUGACUCAGCCCUGGCCACCCAGAAGUACAGUGUGGCCGUCAAGUGUGCCACCAUCACCCCGGAUGAGGCCAGAGUGGAAGAAUUCCAGCUAAAGAAGAUGUGGAAGAGCCCCAAUGGCACCAUCAGGAACAUCCUGGGCGGGACAGUCUUCCGAGAGCCGAUCAUCUGCAAGAACAUUCCUCGCUUGGUCCCUGGGUGGACAAAACCCAUCACCAUUGGCAGGCAUGCCCACGGAGAUCAGUACAAAGCUACCGAUUUCGUUGUGGACAAGUCUGGGACGUUCAAGAUGGUUUUCACUCCCAAGGAUGGCAGCGGAGUCAAGGAGUGGGAAGUCUACAACUUUCCCAGCGGAGGGGUCGGCAUGGGCAUGUACAACACAGACGAGUCCAUCUCAGGCUUUGCCCAUAGCUGCUUCCAGUAUGCCAUCCAGAAGAAGUGGCCCCUCUACAUGAGCACCAAAAACACCAUCCUCAAGGCCUACGAUGGGCGCUUCAAGGAUAUCUUUCAGGAGAUCUUUGAAAAGCAUUACAAGACUGAUUUUGACAAACUCAAGAUUUGGUACGAGCAUCGCCUCAUUGAUGACAUGGUGGCACAGGUGUUGAAAUCGGCAGGAGGCUUUGUCUGGGCCUGCAAGAACUACGAUGGAGAUGUCCAGUCCGAUAUCCUGGCCCAAGGGUUUGGUUCAUUGGGCCUCAUGACAUCCGUCCUUGUCUGCCCGGAUGGGAAGACCAUUGAAGCCGAGGCUGCCCACGGCACCGUCACUCGCCACUACCGGGAGCACCAGAAGGGCCGGCCGACCAGCACCAACCCCAUUGCCAGCAUCUUUGCCUGGACACGAGGCCUGGAGCACCGAGGCAAACUGGACAGCAACCAAGAACUCAUCAAGUUUGCUCAAACCCUGGAGAAGGUCUGUGUGGAGACAGUAGAAAGUGGGACGAUGACAAAGGACCUGGCCGGCUGCAUCCACGGACUGAGCAACGUGAAACUGAAUGAGCACUUUGUGAACACAACUGACUUCCUGGAUGCCAUCAAGAACAAUCUGGACAAAGCACUGGGCAAGCAGUAAGGUUGGGGAGGCCUCAGGUGGGCUAGCCUGGGGAGGCACCGCACAAAGGCAGCUUACUUCAUUCAGACAGAACAAGUGCUGGCUGGUCACACCUUGAGCCAGGAAAAUGACUUUUUGCAAGCUGUUUUUCUAAUGGUUGUCUUUUUUUAAAACCCUUUUCGCUGGCGCAUGGCGGCCCAAGACACGGUACACCUGCUGCUGCUAAGGCUGGGUGGGGAGAAGCCCAGGACUAGGUGGCAGUGGUGCCAUGCUGGGCAGCAGAAGUGGUUUUGUGCUGUAAUUUGUGUACUGUGGUUUGGGCCUUAUGGUGCCAAAUAUGACAAUUAAAAUGUAGCUUCCA